UCGAUCAUUCUUUUUAUUUUUGAGGCACUGCCGCAUAUGCAGAUUUCUUGUUCGAUAUUUAUAAAAGGACAGAGAAGCAGAGCAGAAGAGAGAGUACAGAGAGAAGAAGAAAAACCCCGGCAAAGAAUUGAUGUGAAAUCAGGAGGGAAGCGAAAGAAUGGUGGAUUAAAGCAGCACAUGGUUCUUCCGGUGGGAAUGAUGAACAGUGAGCUUGGUGGUUGUUGGGGUAACAGCAACGGAAUUUUCAGCUUCGAUAUGCGAGCUACUGAUUCCGAUAGAAAAGGAACCUUCUCCGUACUCCUUCUAUACCUCCUUUUGAUUCUUAUUUUACCAAGCAUUUAAAACCCAAAUCCUUUUCCAGUUUCUUCUUCUUCUUCUUCUUCUUCACUACCUGCUGUUUCUCCAUCUGAUCCUGCUUUUUCUUAGUCCAAUCUGGUCUUCUUUUGGUCUUUGUUCUUCUGGGGGUGCCUAAUUUUGACUUGAUUUGUGUUUCCUUAUGUCUAUCGAAUCAGGUUAACUCUCUUCGCUGAUCUUCGACCCUUUCUUACAUAUGAUCGUUCUUUACUGGAUUCUGUCCUUGGGAUGCUUAAAUCGGUUGCCUGAUUCAUUCUUGAGGUCUCUGGCAUCAUUUAGGCUGUAAGGUUUCGUUUUGUGGUUCCUUCUUCUUGUUGUAGGUGAUGAUACUGGUCUUUAUUGGGUUCUCCGGUCUUGGGGGUUGUAACUACGAUAGGAUUUUGGUGUAAAUACUGCUAGAUUUUGGGGUAUCUCGGGUUUGUUCAUAGCUUUCUAUAUAUCCUUCUCUUGAUAUAGUUCCUGGAGGAUUUGUUAAUUUUUUUCAUCUUCUUUGGCUUUUGGCCCCCAUUUUGAGAGACAGAAAGAGAGGGGAAGAAAUACAUAGUAUACAGUCUUGAGACUCUUACAUACACAUCCCAAAGCACCCCAUCAUUUUUAAUUGUGGGUAAUAUCAGUUUCUUCUUUUUUAUUGGAACUUUUGUGGGUAUUUUGUUUCCAAGGGAUAGGUUUUCCUUUUCCUUUUCCUUUUCCGUUUUCUUAUUAUGUGUGAAGGACAAUAAAGGAUUUCCAUAUUUGGAACUUGAAAGAGGAGUGGUCUUAUACUGUUUCAAUUUUGAGGGGUCAUCGAGGAUUUAAUUCUUCUUGGAUGAUUGAAUCUUUAUGGGAAUUCCUGAUAGUUCUCUAUCAGAUCUGAUUGAGAAGGUUCGGUCUUGGAUUUCCUGGGGACCUGAUUCAUCAGUGUGCUUAUCCCAAGAAUUUGUGGCGCUUAACAAAAGUUACAAGAUGUGUUGUGAGUGUGAUACGAGCUUCUCAAAAAAUUCUCUAGUAUACCUGUGCCAGAGUUGUAGUCAAUCAUCUUGCAGAAACUGUAUUCGGGGUUAUGAAUCUUAUGUUGUUCAAUCAGAUGUUAUGAAGGCGGGUAAUGAAGCUGUGAAGACAACCAAGUCGUGCAAGUUUUGUUCUGAUGGCAACCUACGGCGUGAAGGUGGAGGGAGACAUAGUGAGAAAGUAUAUUCUUCUGUCUCUCCCAGAUAUAGCCCAGAAGCUCCUUCUCCUAGUUAUCAUGGUACAUACAAGCCUCCUAUGAAAACCGAAUCAAUUCCUGAUGAUCGCUUGUGUCGAUAUCUUGAGUCACAAGAUUGUGGCUAUUCUCCUUAUGCAGCAUCAAAUGGGCUUUUGUGCUUGUUCAAUGAUCAUCCAUCUCCUAUUUAUGUUCACCACUCUCCCAACUGGAGUGAUGAAGAUGAUGGAGAGGAUUCUGGGAGACAUUUUUUUAGCCCAUCAAGUGAUUAUUUUCGUGACAGUUCAGACAUAGAGUCGAGUAGUAUUAGUACUAGAAACGAGUUCUUUAGUUCUCAUUUUGAGGAAUCAAGUCCUUCUGCCAGCCCCUCAAGGAGUGAUUAUACUUUAAAUAAAGUUGAUCAUGUUGUACAGAGUGUAGAUCCAGGUCAAAGGUUGAAUCUAUUGCCUCAAGAGGCUGAGACCAUUUUAAAUAGGUCUGAGAGACUGACUGAAGGUCAUGAUAAUAAACAUCCCUUCUCUAGUGUCCUGCCAUCUACUCAGAACCAAGAUGAAAAUGCAGAAACACUUUUAGAUUUUGAAAACAAUGGCCGAAUAUGGUUCCCUCCACCUCCUGAUGAUGAAAGUGAUGAGUUGGAGAAUAAUUUCUUUGCCUAUGAUGAUGAAGACGAUGAUAUUGGGGAUUCCGGUGCUAUGUUCUCUGCGAGCAGAAGCCUUUCUAGCAUGUUUCCAGCAAAGCAAAAUUUGCAUGAGGAGAAUAAGGAGCCUCUUAGAGCUAUGGUUCAGGGCCACUUUAGGGCUCUUGUUGCCCAACUGUUACAGGGGGAGGAUAUCAAACCUGGAGGAGAUUCUGUUGAGGACUGGGUUGAUGUAAUUACCACAAUAGCCUGGCAAGCUGCAAAUUUUGUGAGACCGGAUACUAGCAGAGGAGGCAGCAUGGAUCCCGGGGACUAUAUAAAAGUAAAAUGUGUAGCAUCGGGACACCCUCGUGAAAGCACAUUUAUAAAGGGAGUUGUUUGUACAAAAAACAUAAAGCACAAACGCAUGACCUCACAAUUCAAAAAUGCUAGGUUACUUCUUUUAGGUGGAUCCCUUGAAUAUCACGAAGUUUCUGACCACUUAGCUUCUUUUAAUACAUUAUUACAUCAGGAAAAUGAUCAUCUGAAAACAAUUAUUUCAAAAAUAGAGUCUCUCCGCCCCAAUGUUCUGCUGGUGGAAAAAAGUGUUUCUUCACGUGCACAGGAAUAUCUGCUGGCCAAGGAAAUAUCUCUGGUGCUGAAUGUUAAAAGGCCCUUACUAGAGCGUAUAGCCCGUUGCACUGGUGCUUCACUUACUCCAUCAAUUGAUCAUAUGUCCAUUUCACGAUUAGGACAUUGUGAACUUUUCCGGUUAGAAAGAGUGACUGAAGAGUAUGGGACUGUCAAUCAAAAUAAAAAAAUGUCCAAGACUUUGAUGUUCUUUGAAGGAUGUCCAAAGCGCUUGGGUUGCACGGUCUUGCUGAAAGGCAUGUGUCGUGAAGAACUUAAAAAAGUUAAACAUGUUGUUCAAUAUGCAGUAUUUGCAGCAUAUCACUUAUCUCUUGAGACUUCCUUUCUUGUGGACGAAGGUGCUUCUCUGCCUAAGAUGCCAAAGCGCUCUCUUUCUGUUGAAGAUAAUUCAUCAUCUGGGAAUCCCGAUGUUACAAUGUCAUCCGAUUGUCUAGUUGAUGUCUCCACUGGAUAUAAAGUUUCUGCUCUUAGUGCUGAGCUUGAAGAAUCUAAAAUAUAUCCAAUGUAUCACCACCUUGAUAAUAAUAACUUUCUACUGUCUACUGGCUUUGAAGAAGAGUCUAGCAUCGUUGAUACAUUUCCUGGCAUAUUCAAUGAUCAUUCACUAUCCGAUGUUGGUCUAAAUCCAUCUCUUAGUCAUUAUGAGGAAUUAAAGGAUGGUGAAACAGUUCCCUUCGAUGUUCGAAGUCUUUCUGAAUCUGAAUUGGCAGAAACUUUGGAACGGAGAAGGGAGAAAUCUGGAGGGAUUACAGAGUUUCAGAAGUCUGAAAGUUUUGAUGAAAAUGAUCUCUCUAGUGAAUGCUUCUCAGCAGCAGAUACUCACCAGAGCAUUUUGGUAUCCUUUUCAAGCCAUUGUGUACUUAAAGGAACUGUAUGUGAGCGCUCUCGUCUUUUGCGCAUAAAGUUUUAUGGCCGUUUCGACAAGCCUUUGGGGAAAUUCCUAUGUGAUGAUCUCUUUGCCCAGACAUCAAGCUGUCGAUCCUGUAAGGAGUCCACUGAGGCCCACGUUCAGUGUUACACCCAUCAGCAGGGUAAUCUUACAAUUAAUGUUAGACGCCUACCCUCUAUAAAGCUUCCUGGGGAAGAAGAUGGCAGGAUAUGGAUGUGGCACAGGUGCCUCAAGUGCGCCCAAAUAGAUGGAGUCCCCCCAGCAACUCCUAGGGUUAUUAUGUCUGAUGCUGCCUGGGGGCUUUCUUUUGGAAAAUUUUUGGAGCUUAGUUUCUCAAACCAUGCAACUGCAAAUCGAGUUGCAACUUGUGGUCAUUCAUUGCAGAGAGACUGCCUCCGUUUCUAUGGGUUUGGGAGCAUGGUUGCGUUCUUCAGAUAUUCGACCAUUGAUAUUCUCUCUGUUACCUUGCCCCCUUCUGUGCUCGAGUUCAAUAGCCAUGUUCGACAGGAAUGGAUAUCAAAAGAAGCUUCAGAGAUUAUUGGCAAAAUGGAAAGCUUGUAUGCAGAGAUUUCUGAUAUUGUUGAUGGGAUGGAACAGAAAAGCAAGUUGUCCAUGCAGGAAUCGUCAGACUCGAGUGAGAUGCAAAGCCACAUCAUGCAACUGAAAGAACUAAUUCAAAAGGAGCGAAGUGAUUAUAUCGGUUUGCUGAAACCUUUCAUGAUGGAACCUUCGCUACUGGGGAUGAUUUCUGUCGACAUUCUGGAACUAAAUCGCUUGAGGCGUUCCCUAUUAAUUCAUACACACUACUGGGAUCACCGCCUUUAUUCACUAGAUUCUCUCCUUAAAAAGAUCUCAAAUCCCAAGGCUGAUGUAUCGUCUCCUCUAAAGAGAGUUUUGAAAAGAGAUUCUGCUCAGAGUGAUGACAAAAUUGAAUUUGGCUGUAAUGAGAACAUUCAUGAAUCUUCUUUGGUCCACAAGUCUGCUGGAAAUGAUUUACAAUCAAUGCAGAAGGAAGAGCCCACAGCAUUAGAAUGCUCCAAAUCAACCUUACAUCAAGUCUGCAGGGAAGAAGAACACACAGAUGAGGAAAUUACUGCCGUAAUAGCAUCAAUUGAAGGCAUUCCUCCUUAUGAAUCAACUCUCUCUGAGAGAAUAGAUUAUGCAUGGUCUGGAUCCGAGCAAGCUAUGACGAAACCACAGGCUGUUUCUACACUGCAAGCACAAGAACCUCCAGACGGGGCAACGAAGCAAAUGAGUCAAAAUGAUAAUCCUCACCUGAGAAGGGUAUUGAUGUCACCUGUGAGAGUUCAUUCCUUUGAUUCUGCAAUAAGAAUGCAAGAGAGAAUCAGGAAAGGAUUGGAUCCAUCCACUUUUCAGUUGUCAACAAUUAGAUCUUUCCAUGCUUCUGCAGAUUACAAUAGUAUGCCGAGGGAUCCUGUUUCCAGUUUAACUAGAGCUCACUCUCAAGUGUUACCAUUUGAGACACAAAAGUUAAAUUUAUUACUCAGUUCAACUCCAUCUUUUAUCUCAGCAUCUCAUGUCCCGGAAGGCGUUCGUCUGCUGCUUCCACAGACUGGCAAUAUUGAUGCAGUUAUUGCUGUUUACGACAAUGAACCUACUAGCAUAAUUGCAUACGCCCUCAACUCUAGAGAGUAUGAUGACUGGGUUGCUAAUAAAUUUACCGACAAUGAGGGAGGUCGGAGUGUCCCCAGGAUCAUCGAAGAUUCUCGUCCUUCAACUCUUUCAGCUUGGCAGUCUUUUGGUGCUCUGAACUUGGACUAUAUUCACUAUGGAAACUAUGGCUCUGAAGAUUCUACAACCUUGAGGACCCUGUUUUCGGAUCCCAAAAAAUCUCCUCAUUUGAGAAUUUCGUUCACCGAUGAAUCUUCAACAUCUGGAGGUAAAGUCAAUUUCUCUGUGACUUGCUAUUUCGCAAAGCAAUUUGACAUCCUUAGGAAGAAGUGCUGCCCCAAAGGUGUGGAUUUUGUGAGGUCUUUAAGUCGGUGUCGUAAAUGGAGUGCACAAGGUGGAAAAAGUAAUGUAUACUUCGCCAAGUCUUUGGAUGAAAGAUUCAUUAUAAAACAAGUCACGAGAACAGAGCUUGAUUCUUUUGAGGAGUUUGCUCCUCAAUAUUUCAAGUACUUGUCACUAGCUCUAAACUCUGGAAGUCCUACUUGCCUCGCAAAAAUUCUUGGGAUCUAUCAGGUGACUGUUAAACACCUGAAAGGUGGGAAAGAAGUGAAGAUGGAUUUGAUGGUGAUGGAGAAUCUUUUCUUCAUGAGAAAUAUCUCAAAGGUUUAUGACCUCAAGGGGUCCUCACGAUCUCGUUACAACCCGGACACGACUGGGGCAGACAAGGUUCUACUCGAUCAGAACCUUUUAGAAGCAUUGCGGACAAAAACUAUAUUUCUUGGAAGCAAGGCCAAAAGAAAUCUUGAAAGGGCCAUCUGGAAUGACACAUAUUUUUUGGCGUCAAUUGACGUUAUGGACUAUUCGCUUUUGGUCGGGGUUGACGAGGAGAGGAAGGAGCUUGUGUUAGGCAUCAUUGAUUUCAUGAGACAGUAUACAUGGGACAAGCAGUUAGAGACGUGGGUUAAGGCGUCGGGGAUACUCGGAGGGCCGAGGAAUGCUUCUCCAACUAUCAUCUCUCCGAUGCAAUACAAGAAACGGUUUCGGAAGGCAAUGACUUCUUAUUUUCUCACAGUUCCUGAUCAAUGGUGUUCUUGAUUUCAUGAUGGAUCAUUGUAUUCUUUUGUCCAUGAAAGCAUUUGUGGAUCAAUAAAGGGAUUGCAAUUGCAGAUAAAUCUGAAGGAAUCCCUCUCAUUCUAUUGUCAAACCCCUUUUCACCUCUUAGAGUUGUGGUGUACAAAGAAACAAAGAUUUAGGUCUUUAAUCUAAUGGGAAAUCUUCAUUAACAUCCAA